AGUAAAACGCAACAGCAUUUUUUUUUUGCGGAAAUCACAAUUACAGAACAAUUUAAGAGAUUUGAUUUCAGAUAAACCUUGACGUAGUAGCCAACAGCAGACCAACACACAUACGACACAUUUUGACUUUGACUGGAAAUUUUUAUUUAUACUAAAAAGAAAUGUCAAAAUUGAAUGACAUAUAGAAUAUAAAUUUUUACCAAAUGGACAUGAAAUUUCGAUCGAAGUAUGGCACAUUUAGAAAAUGGAAAUAUACGAUAUAUUCCUUUACAACAAAGUAAAUACAGUGACGAAAGUGAUGAAGAAUCUACGGCUAUACCACUUCGAACUAAGCAAGAAUUACCGACAAUUAAUGUUGAAGUUGAUGCAGAUGAUACUUUACAAGCCAUUUCCCUUAAAUUUCAUUGUACGAUAGCAGAAUUAAAACGUGUAAAUAAUAUAUUAAGGGACAAUGAAAUAUAUGCUAGACGAACAAUACGUGUUCCAAUACGUCCAAACUCAAUUCUAACAGAACAAAUAGUUGGUGUACAUAUUAGUGGUAAUAGUUCGCCUAUAACAACAAAAUGUGAAAAUAUAUCAUUAUUAGAUUUGGAUACGGAAGCAAUUGAAGAGAAAUUAAAAUCAUCUACAAUAAAUUGUAACAAUAAAACUUCAACCAACAACAAUGCUACAUCAUCUACAAAUUCAACAAGUGACCUUAUUACAAUCAAUCAUUUAUUAAAUAAUACUAAAGUGAAUGAAGUACAAGCUAGUCUUGAACAGCAACUUCAACAACACCAAGAUAAUAAUACAUUUUUUAAAAAUACUGAUGACAAUAAUGUGAUAGUAGUAGAUGCAUUAAAAAAUAAAUCACUUGUACAUACGUUAUUAUCGUCAGGAGAUGAUUGUGGAAUGUCAUGGCUUGCAUUAGUUGUAUUAGUUAUUUUAUUAGGAUUUGUGUGUCCACUUAUAUAUAUCCUGUAUAUAGCUGAACAUCCGGAAAAGUAUCAUCACCAUUGAACUUAGAUAGUUAGCUAAAUUUAUUGUAUCGUUAUGUUAUGUUAUGUUACUGUUUUAUUUAAAAAAUAUUUUAUUUCUAUUCUAAAUAAUUGGUAAGUUUUAUAUUUUAUUUUUGUCGAGCUUAUGAUUGACAAAUGUCCAUAAUUUUUACGGGCAUUCAGAUUCAUUUGAAUUUAUCCUUCCUUAGGACGCACUGAGCCUAAUAGUGCGCCUCACAUAUUCGAAAAAAGAUUUUUAAAAACCUUUGAAAUAAAUUCUUUAUAUAACUGCAAAAUGAUGAACAUCAUUAUUAAGGGUAUGACGAAUUGAAAAAAAUACUAAUUCUCCAGUAAACGAGGAGAAAAAAAAGCGAAAUUUGAACAUAUAGCACCGAUUUUGAGAGGGUGUUAAAAUAUAUAUUGAAAAUUGACAACGGAAAUCGAAAGACGGAUUAAAACAUGCUACUAAAUAUCCUACAUAAUGUUUUUAUAUACAAAAAUGUGUUUAUCUACGACAUCACAUUAGAAACUUCUAAAAUUAUCAGUGUUUC